AUCUAUAAGUUCAACCAAAAUGUGCUUCUCGGAAAUUGUGGAGGACUUCUACUCGGAAUGACUAUUACAAAUACUUGAUCCUAAACUAAAAUGUGCUUCAUACCAAUCUAUUGAACCAUGAGGAACCCAAUUGAUCUUAUUCUCAUCUUCUCCUUGUUUACACUUGCAACAUCACGGAAUCGGAAUUAUUUAGAAAGAGGGUCAUCUCUCUCUGUGGAAGAUGACGAUGAUUCAGCCCUUAUCACCUCACCAGACAGUUCAUUCACAUGUGGUUUCUACAGGGUUGGAACCAACGAUUAUGGUUUUGGGAUUUGGUUCACUAACUCGAGAGACAGAACCAUUUUUUGGAUGGCUAACCGGGAUAAGCCGGUUAAUGGGCAGGGCUCGAGAAUUUCUCUGAGGGGUGAUGGAGCCAUGGUCGUAACUGAUGUCGAUGGCUCGGUUGCUUGGGAGACGAAUACCAGCUCUACUGCUGCUCAAAGGGCUGAGCUUCUUAAUUCAGGUAACCUUGUUUUAAGAGACCCAACUGGUAAAAUUCUGUGGCAGAGCUUUGAUUUCCCAACUGAUACUCUAUUGCCUUAUCAAACAUUUACCAAGAGCAAGAAACUGAUAUCUUCACUAAGAAAUGGAAAUUAUGCUUCUGGGUACUUUAGUCUGUACUUUGACAAUGACAAUGUGUGGAGGUUGGUCUACGAUGGACCCGAUAUAUCGAGCUUGUAUUGGCCUAAUCCUGAUUUCUCUAUCUAUGCAAAUGGAAGAACAAACUAUAACAGUAGCAGAUUUGCAUUUCUAGAUGAUAUGGGUAGGUUUUUUUCAAGUGAUCAGUUGCAAUUCAAUGCUACUGACAUGGGUUUUGGGAUUAAAAGGCGGCUAACGCUGGAUUAUGAUGGGAAUUUAAGGCUUUAUAGCUUGAACCAUUUGACGGGAUCAUGGGUAGUGUCAUGGAUGGCUCUCGGCCAACAAUGUCUUGUUCAUGGUUUAUGUGGUAGGAAUGGUAUUUGUGCAUAUGACCGCCGAGGGGCAAAGUGCACAUGCACUCCUGGUUAUGAGGUGAUCGAUCCGAGUGACUGGAAUCAGGGUUGCAAGCCCAAGUUCAAUCUUUCGUGUUCGAAUCCUCAGCCGGUGAAAUUUGUGGAGCUUUUGUAUUCGGAUUACUAUGGGUUUGAUCUUAAUGCUACUACAAUUUCAUUUGAUGCAUGCAAAGAAAUCUGUUUGAAGGAUUGUAGAUGUGUAGCAUUUAACUAUAGGCUCCUAGGUGAGGGAGUUUGUUUCCUAAAAAGUGCCCUCUUCAACGGCUUCCACACUCCGAAUUCUCCCAGCAGGAUUUACCUGAAAAUGCCUGUUAAUGUGGAAACAUCUGAAUACACAGUACCGAAUGGCUCCAACCUCGUAUGCAAAUCCAGUGACAAUGAAGUUUUACAGGGUUCUGCUUCCAUGUAUGAUCUCGUUCGAAAGAGGGUGAGAUGGACUGAUUUGUAUUCAUUUGCUUCAGCCAUAGGUGCAAUCGAAAUCCUUUUUUUUGUAAUAGGUUGGCUUCUUUUCAGAAAGCACAAGUUGCCAGGUACAGUUGAAGACGGAUACCGAAUGCUAUCCAGUCAAUUCAGAAGGUUCAGUUACGGUGAACUGAAAAAAGCAACGAAAAAAUUCAAACAAGAACUGGGAAGAGGUGGUUCGGGAGCUGUUUACAAGGGUGUUUUGGAAGAUGAAAGAGAGGUGGCAGUGAAAAGAUUGGGAGAUGCAUCUCAAGGGGAACAAGAAUUCUGGGCAGAAGUGAGCACAAUAGGAAAAAUCUAUCACAUGAAUCUAGUGAGAAUGUGGGGGUUCUGCUUGGAAGGGAGACACCGGCUCUUAGUCUACGAGUACAUAGAAAACAGUUCACUUGACAAGCACUUGUUUUCCAGCAGUUGUCUUGGAUGGAAAGAGCGGUUUAAAGUUGCAAUGGGGACGGCUAAGGCUUUGGCCUACCUUCACGAUGAGUGUUUGGAAUGGGUAAUCCAUUGUGAUGUCAAGCCUGAAAAUAUACUUCUGGACACGGAGUUUGAACCAAAGGUUGCAGAUUUCGGUCUAGCAAAGCUGAAUCAGAGAGGCAAGCCUGAUUCUGAGUUUUCACGUAUCCGAGGCACCAAAGGUUAUAUGGCUCCUGAGUGGGCCUUGAACCUACCCAUUACUGCAAAAGUUGAUGUUUACAGCUAUGGAGUGAUGAUCUUGGAAAUGGUGAGGGGAAUUCGGCUUUCCAAUUGGGUUUUAGUAGAAGGUGAAGGUGAGGAGCAAGAAACCGAGCUUACUAGGUUUGUUAGGACAGCAAAAGGGAUGAGUCAAGGUGAGGGAGAAGAGUCUUGGGUUGAGGAUAUGGUCGAUCCGAGAUUGGCCGGGCAGUUUAGCAGGAAACAGGCGGUGACAUUGGUUAGGACCGGUCUUUCUUGUAUCGAGGAAGAUCGAAACAAACGACCAACAAUGGCUUCGGUGGUGCAAGUCCUAACAGAAUGUGAUGACGAGUCUACUCCUGCGAGGCUGUAGUUGCAGUUGUACUGUCAAAGUAAGUUUAGAAACACAAGAUGAGUAGAGUUUGAUAAUGCUUGUUAUUCAAUGGUUGUGGUAGCAACUUUCCUGGCCAGCAACAAUGUAGCAUGUCGUCCCUUCGAGGACAUCCGAUAAAAUUGGAACGAAACAAUUUAGCAUGUCGCUUCCAAAAUUACACGAUUGUUUCCUCAUGUAAAUUGAGGGUGGAUUUUCCGUAAAUUAAUGAAAGUGCCUUUUUA